AUGGCGCUGCAACGAGCUGCCAUCGAUAUUUCACACCUCAGUUGCCGCAACAGCCUCGUCCUGCUGGGCAUGGCGAACGAGGAGGCGUUGCAACACACGGUGCCAUACUUUCUCGAAAGCCUCAGCCGCGUAGCUGUAACGGCCGGCAAGGACGCUGGACACUCCCUGGUCGGUCGGGUUGUGCUGGUUGCCUGGUCGCAGGAUGCCAUGAAGGCUUGUCAGGCAUUGCAAGCAACGUACAACCACCAGUGCGUGCGAGAUGCGCAGCAUACCGCCGCGACGGGUUCUUUCGUCUUCCACGACACGGGCUUCAAUUCAUUGGGAUUCGCCAAGGUCAAGUACAUACUGAACGGACUGUCCCUGGGCCAUGAUGUCGUGUUCCUAGACACGGAUAUUGUCGUAAUGCGUGACCCGCUGCCGUACCUGCUCGUCCACGACGCCGACCUUUUCGGUUCGAUGGAGAAGUGCAUGGUGUACAACGACUCCCUGUCGUUCAACUCACCAGAGUUCAAGUCGCUGCGCAAGCGGCCCCCAGCGAUCAACAUCGGCAUGCUGUACUUCAAGGCCUCAGCUAGUGUCACCCGCUGUGUGUAUAACUGGGCAUGGGAGAUGCGGUCGGAGGUGCAGACACGCCCGAGACUGUGGGAUCAGGACAUCUUUGGCAAGGUGAUGGUCAAGUGUACGGCAGUCCAUGGACUGCGGUUUCAGGUGCUGGACCCGCGCCUGUUCCAGUCGGGCUGCUUUCCCGGCUGUGGAUGCAAAUUCUUCAACAAUGAGAUCCGCCCUGACCGUAUUGGUCGGUUCAGCGGGGGCUUCCGGAAGCUUCCAGCUGUACCAGAACGACCAGGCGUUGGCUCCGGUCUCAUAAACUUGGUGGCCAACCAUACCCCACCCCCCUUCGACCCGGAGCCGAAUCCCGGCCACCAAAGCCGCUUCAUUCUAUUGGUCCAAGGAAAAUGUGAGAUCCCUCUGAGCCCGAGCCCGAUGUUAAACGCGCCGCGCAAUGAUUGA